AGGUUGGGGGCGCUGCAGGUGACAGACUGGAGUGAGAGCGACAGAGGCGGGAAGAGGUUCGUCAUCUCACUGCUUGUAGUUCUAGGUGCCCUCCCUGGUGCAAGUACAUUCAGAGACGGAACAUCCAAAACACCCGACCUUCGACAAGAUUCGACAGCGCAGCGGCUGCCGAACCAAGACGUACCCGUACUGUAGAGUGCGGAACAAGACUCGAAUCUUGUUUCUUUUUGCGAACCAGAUCCGACUCAUAUCGCACAUCCCAAUACCUCAACGCGACUCCAAACUACACACCUACUGUAGCUCUAGGCAGCUCCCGCUCAUCGAGCUCCCGCCUCUCCCCCUCUUCCAUCCUAGGUCUGCCUAACAAUACCGAUACGACAACUACGACAACUCCGGACGUCCAUUAUCAGAACGAGCGACUGACAACACGUCACGACGGACCGAUCCCAAUCUCAAAAGUUUUACGGCUGUAUCACUUUGAAACGAACUACCGUGGUAGCCGACGACACCAGUUCCUGUCUGGCCAGCUGAUAGUGACGACAUUCCCCGAGGGCGCGCCCACUACCACUCCUCUCUCUCUGUUCGUCGUAUAUCAACAACCAAGGAACUCUUGAUACACCAGCUGCCGGACCAGACACAGCAUCACAAUGUUUCGAGCCGCGGCCGCAGGGCCUUACGAUGAGGCCAUCAACAAGGCAACCGACGAGAACCUCACGUCCGAGGACUGGGGCGCCAUCAUGGAGGUCUGCGAUCGGGUAGCCACCGAUGCCAACGGUGCCAAAGAGGCCGUCAAUAGCAUGAUCAAGCGCCUGGCCCAUAGGAACGCCAAUGUUCAGCUGUAUACCCUCGAGGUUGCAAAUGCCCUUUCCCAAAACUGCGGCAAGAACAUGCACCGCGAGCUCUCCAGCCGCGCCUUCACCGACGCCCUCCUUAAGCUCGCCAACGACCGCAACACCCACACCCAAGUCAAGGCCAAGAUCCUCGAGCGCAUGAAGGAGUGGUCCGACAUGUUCAAGUCCGACUCCGACCUCGGCAUUAUGUACGAUGCCUACUACCGCCUAAAGCAGUCGAACCCGACCCUGCAGCCGCCUAGCGCCCCGCAAAAGAACGUUCUCACCGAUGCCGACCGCCAGAAGGAGGAGGAAGAGCUCCAGAUGGCUCUCCAGCUCAGUUUGCAGGAGGAGGAACGGAAGAAGAGACCCGCUGGUGCUUCGGGGGCAACUGCGUCCUCAUCCAGUGGUGGUGCGGCCGCAGGGCCGAGCAACGCCGGGGGAGCAGUAGCGUCGGGGGAAGGCACGAACUCAACCGCUGGCCAGGCAGAGGCAACACCUCAGCCGGUUCCCUCGAGUACCACGGCCGCUACCGUGUCCCGCGUCAGGGCGCUCUACGACUUUGUCCCCUCGGAGCCGGGCGAGCUGGAGUUCAAAAAGGGUGAUGUCAUUGCCGUGUUGAAGAGCGUGUACAAGGAUUGGUGGAGCGGUUCUCUCAAGGGCAAGACGGGCAUCUUCCCUCUGAACUAUGUCGAAAAGCUGGCGGACCCGACCCCGGAGGAGUUGCAGCGUGAGGCGCAGAUGGAGGCCGAGGUGUUUGCGGAGAUCAAGAAUGUGGAAAAAUUGUUGACACUCUUGAGUGCCGGAAACACGGGUCCAAGGGAGGAGGAUAAUGAAGAGAUUUCGAAACUUUAUCACCAGACGCUAGCGAUUCGGCCCAAGCUUAUCAAGCUGAUUGAGAAGUACUCGCAGAAGAAGGAUGACUUUACGCAGUUGAACGAAAAGUUCAUCAAGGCUAGAAGAGACUAUGAAGCGCUUCUUGAGUCUUCCAUGUCUCACCCACCAGGACCGACUUAUCACCAAUACGCGAUGAGACCUCCAAUGACCAAUAGCUACGGAUCUGGCGGAUAUGGUGCUCCUCCUCCACAACAGCAGCAGGAGCCGCCCCGGUUCUAUAAUCCAGCGCCCGCUCAAGAUGCGCCCCAGUAUCCUGCGACCUCGCCGUCGCCAAACCCUAAUCACUUCAUACGUCCUGCUGGCACUCCUGCGCCUUAUUACAUGGGGGGUGCUGAAGGCCCAGGACAACUUCAGCAUCAACAGCAACCUCCUUACCCUCAACAGCAGCCGCAACCAGCAUAUGGUGCCCCCUCCCGACCUCAAGACCAGCAGCGAAAUCCAUCAGGACCCAGUCCUAUGGCUCCCGCCCCGUUGAACACAACUUCCUCGCCACCCCCAGGGAAUCAGUACACCCCUUACCAAGCCCCUGGCGCAUCCGGAGCAAACAACCGCACAAACUCAUACAGCAGUACAAAUGGCGGUGCCCCCCAAGAGCUCUCUACCUCAGCCUAUGAUUCGCCCAUCGCUCAACACAGCACUAACCCCCUAUCCAACCCAUCCUACAACGCUCCUUCCGCUCCUUCCUACAGCCAAGGGAGGCCCGGAGCUCCCACUGACGACCCCUACGGACCAACGAGCCCCGGAGCAGGAAGUAGCAACAACGUAGGCUCCGCUCCCCCUCCUCCCUCCGGUCCCGCACCCUCCGGUCCCGCACCCUCCGCUCCUUCGGCUCCCUCAGCUCCCUCAGCACCCGGUGCUCCCAACAGUUACACACAGGGCGCAUAUCACAGCCAGAAUCCUUACGCCGCCGCUGCCGCCGCCGCUGCGGCAGCUGCUUCACGGACGCAUGUCCCUGGGGUUUACGAUGGUGCUGGCAGCGAAGUAUCAUCGACGGCACCGCAGCCGCCUGCGGCAUUGCAGCCUGGUGGUGGGGCACAGCCUCAGUACAAGGCUUAUGUACCUCCUGGGGCGCCAUCAGCGCCGGGUAGUGGUCAGGAGGGACCAAGUGCCCCGGGACAGAAUGAUGGGUUGGCGGAUUAUUACCGGAGUGCUUACUAAAACCCAGGUGGUGUUGUAGGGAAGUAUUAGGUGUGGCUGUUUAGUUCUGGGUAGCUCUAGGAUGAGUGUUGAAGAGAAGAUGAUGGUAGCGUGUAAGGCGAAGAGUUGGGUGAUUUCUAGCUGAUUUCUGGAGGGAUUGGAGAUAUAGGUAUGAAUAGAAGGAGAGAUGGAUGAGGUGGAAGGAAUGGAGCGGUUGUUGAAACCUUUCAUAUGUGACAUGAUAAACUCAUGUUGACUUGUAUGGAAAAGGGUUUGGUAACAUGUAGCUGUGGUUCAUGAGUGUUUUCCUAGGAAUAACCUCACAUCUAUCGCCCUCCUGGCCGGGCCCGACGGCUUCACCUGGCUCACUGCAAUCCGCUCGCGCAUGCUUCACUAGGUAGAUAGGAGGAGCCUAGAAGGAAGGCAAGUUAUGUAAAUUGUAGAGAUGGAAUCCGCUGGCCCUUGACUCAAGAGAGUCGUUUCUUCCUCGAGGAAGGUACGGCGGGCAGGCAAGGAAGGAGGUCUGGCUUGCAAUCAAGUCUAGAGGCCAGACUAGAAGCCAGGAGGGGGACGAACUGUCAUGUAUAUAUCCUGACUCUCCAGGCCUCUUGGCUUCGUUCCUAUCCUACAAACAUGCUUUGUUUGAGUGGACGUCGCCUUUCUCCUUCACAAAGCACUUUUCAGCUCCGAAGUCUUCCUACAUCAACCUUGCCGUCCUGUUCCAACCCAGGCCACUAGGAUCAAUCACUGUCACCAACUCGUUAUG